GGAAGGAAGGGGAAGUUCAGCCAGACCGAGGGGGGUUUCGCGUCAGCCAGCCAGCCAGCCGCCCCCGUGUGUUGCAGUCAACUCUCAUAAAGCCUCAGCCACUCUGUCGGCUCUCCAGAGGCGAUGCUGGAGUUGACGUGCGCCAGCUGACGGCUCGGAGAGCGGCUUCUAUCAUGACGCGCACGGAUUUAAAGCAACGCCAAAGUUUUUAAUUUAAUUAUUUUUUUAUUAUUAUUUUAUUUUCGCGCGUACCCGCUGUUUACGGACAGCAGCGAUGGAGUACUGGAGGCAGUGCGCGAUGUGGCUGAUCGGCUGCAACGUGCUGCCGGUGAACCACCGGGUCACCGCGGACACGGCGCAAGUGUUCGACCUGGCGCAGACGCUGCGGGACGGGGUGCUGCUGUGCCAGCUGCUCAACAACCUGAGGCCUCACACCAUCAACCUGAAGGAGAUCAACCUGAGGCCGCAGAUGUCACAGUUCUUGUGCUUGAAGAACAUCCGGACCUUCUUGUCUUGCUGCUGUGAUGUGUUCGGGAUGAGAAAAAGUGACUUAUUUGAAGCCUUUGACCUUUUUGAUGUCAGGGAUUUUGGGAAGGUCAUGGACACUCUGUCAAAGCUCUCUUACACAGCAGUUGCUCAGCAAGGAGGAUUCAAGCCGUUUCCAAUGGAGGAGAGCCUAAAAGACGAGGACAUUUACAACAACCUGGAAGACUUGAUUGAUGAGAAUGUUCCUGAAGAUGAAGAUGACUUGUAUGCAGCGGUAUACGGGCUGGAAGAUGACUAUGCAGGCGGUGAGAUCUAUGAAGACCUCAUGAGGACUGAACGACAUCAUCCACCAGUGAAGCAGGUGGAGGUUGACGUCCGUAGCUGCUGCCUAUCAGAGAUUAAACAGACAGAAGAGCGAUACACAGAGACCCUGGAGUCCAUUGAGAAGUAUUUCCUGAAUCCCUUGAAGAAAUUCUUCUCUGCAGCUGAAAUCGACAAAGUUUUUGUUAAUAUUCCAGAUCUGGUUAAAGUACACAAGAGCCUAAUGGUUGAUCUGCAAGACUCCAUCCUGAACAAAAACGCCCUUAAUCUCUACCAAAUCUUUAUCAGCUAUAAGGAAAGACUUCUCAUUUAUGGGAUAUACUGCAGUCGGGUGGAGAUUGCCAUCGCGGUUUUAGACCUCAUCUGCAAAGAGAAAGAGGACGUUCGGCUGAAGCUAGAGGAGUGCUCCAAACGGGCCAACAAUGGGAAGUUUACACUGAGGGACCUGCUGGUUGUUCCCAUGCAAAGAGUUCUGAAGUACCAUCUCCUGCUGCAGGAACUUGUCAAACACACUCAUGACGCUGCUGAUAAGAGCAACCUGAAGAUCGCUCUUGAUGCCAUGAAGGACCUCGCUCAGUAUGUCAAUGAAGUGAAGAGAGAUAAUGAGACUCUGAGGGAGAUCGACCAGUACCAGAGAUCUAUCGAAAACCUGAACCAGCCGCUCAUCACUUUUGGCCGACCAAAAGGAGACGGGGAAGUGCGCUUGGUCUCCACUGUUGACAAGAGGAAACAGGACAGGCACAUAUUUCUGUUCGACGUUGCAGCCAUAGUUUGCAAGCGAAGAGGAGACAACUAUGAGAUGAAGGACAUACUGGAUCUUAACUACUUCAAAGUCACAAACAAUCCCACAUCCGACAGAGAAGGCAAAAAGUGGUGUUACGGCUUCUACGUGACGCACCAGCAGGGACACACAGGCUUCGAGCUCUUCUUCAAAACCAGAGAGCUGAAGAAGAAGUGGUUGGAUCAGUUUGAAAUGGCAAUCUCAAAUAUCCGACCAGAAACGGCCAACCAUAACUCCCACCAGUUCAAGAUGCACACAUUUGAAAGAAUCACUUCCUGUAGUUACUGUCACCUUUUGCUCAGGGGCAUCUUUAACCAGGGUUAUGUGUGUCAGAAAUGUGGCCUGGGGGCUCAUAAAGAGUGUCUCGGUCGACUGGGAGUCUGUGGGAGAACGGCAGAUCCUGUCAAGCUGAGGCCCAAGGAGAACACAGCACCACGAAACCCAGCUUUACCGAGGAUGAUUGUGAUCAGAGACUACAGCGGCGUCCCCAGUCCCAUGUGUGGGCCCCCACUAAGCAUUCAGGCGGGGGAUGUAAUUGAGUUGAUGUUUGCUGACCUGCACAGCUCCUGGUGGCAGGGCAAAAUUCCGUCGACAAGCAAGACUGGCUUCUUUCCAAGUGAUGCUGUGAGGCCUUGCCCAUGUGUUCCAAAACCUGUCGAUUACUCUUCCCAGCUUUGGUUUGCAGGGCUAAUGGAGAGAUACCAGGCUGAGUUGGAGCUCAUGGACAGAGGGAACAGCACCUAUCUGGUUCGACACCGGAGCAAAGAGUGCAACGAAUAUGCCAUCAGCAUAAAGUUCAACGAUAAAGUCAAGCACAUUAAGAUUCUGACCAGGGAUGGAAGCUUUUACAUUGCAGAGAGUCGCCUAUUCAAGACUGUGCUGGACUUGGUGGAGUACUAUAAGCAAAACUCGCUGAAAGAGGGUUUCAGCAGUCUUGACACCACUCUGCAGGUUCCCUACCGAGAACUGUCCAAUGGAAACAUGCCGAAGGCCAUUACCAAGGUUGGCAGUGUUCCUUCUGGCGGCUGCGGCUUUGUUCCUCCCUCCUCCUCGCCUUUCUGGUCAGUUUUUUCUCCUAGGGUAGUGGGCAUUGCAGUCGCACGUUAUGACUUCAGCUCCAGAGACACGCGGGAACUCUCUCUACAGCAGGGAGACAUUAUCAGGAUCUACACGAAGAUGUCCAACGGCUGGUGGAGGGGAGAGGUUGAUGGCAAGGUGGGCUGGUUUCCCUCAACUUAUGUGGACGAAGAAGACUAACUGCGCUCAGCCAUAAGUGAAAGAUGGCGACGUGCAAUGACUUCCACCCUCUGUACCUUUACUCAGAUCUCUCUGAUAAAACCGGGACAUGAGACGAAGAAGUGGUACUACCCUUUAAACCUUCUCCUGGUUGCUGACAGACUCUAACAUGAGGGGGAGGAGGUUGGCAAAACAGAGAUUCCAGAGGUGUCAUGCAGCAUUGUGGUUCUGUCUGCCCUCUCUGUUCCCUCUCACCUUCUCUUAUUAUUGAUCACCGGUUUGGCUCGGGUAUGCCUGCCUUUGCUGUCAUCAUGUUUCAACACCUGGAAAGCUCAGUCGUGGAGCCGUAGCGCAGAUCCUGCUGACAGAGCGCCGCCCAGGUACCGCUAUCAAGGAAAACUUUAGGCGCUGAGGAGCUUGGACCGUGGCAGGAACACUGAAGUCCUCUCAGCUUCUCUUUUCAUUUGCGAUUUUUUUUUUUAUUUCCCUCUUACAAACUGAAGAACUGAACAGAUAUUAACUUUGAUUCAUUCCUAUUCCCGACUCUUUGAGGACUGCUUUUUUAAAAGAAUAUGAAAAACUUUGAUGGAAAAACUUUGAUGGACUCAGCUUGACUUAGAGAGGAUGGAGGAAUGUUUGGAAAAAGCUCACAAAAUGGACAAAAAUCUUCCACAUAUGAGGCUAUGGGACCGAAUUUCAGUUCUGUUAACAUGUUUUUGUUCUUAAUUUAAGUCGUCACCAUAACUUGCCCUUAACGGUUCACACCCUAGCAGCUUGUUUUUAAUGAUGUGUAGCUUUACAUAAUGUUUAUUGAGUCAAUGACACAUUCACACACCAGUAAUUUCCAUUGACGCUAUUUUCAUGAACAGAGUUUCAAAUCUUCCCUAAGGACAGUUUGCACAUGCUGAAGGAUUAGUGGACACCCAACUCUUACAGUCUACUUCACCUCUCAUGUGAUAACAUGGUGUUUUUAAAAAAAAAA